CUUUAAGAAUUGCCGGCUGCUUGAGUGUCAGUGAGUGAGUCAGAGCUGCACAUGGUGCUCAGGGAAGGAGCCCAGAGUCCUGUUUAGAGGGAUUCACACACUGGGAGAGUAGGGUCAGAGCAGACAUGAUCUGCAAGCAGCUCUUUGUCCCAGUGCUUCUGUCCCUCCUGCAGCCUUUCACCCACAGCCUGGAGCCAUACGACUUGCUCUAUGACAGUGGCAUAGAAGCCUAUUACAAGAAUGACUACCAAAAGGUGGUUUAUUACAUGGAACUGGCCAUCAGUAAUUACUCCCAGCUCAGGCAGACCAAAUUAAACUGCAGACUGGGCUGCAAGCACAGAUAUCCACUGGAAACGUCCUCCGCAUUUUGGGAUAUCAGCUUUUUCACUGUCAUCCUGUCCAGGGCUGCUUGUGUGAAGCAAUGUGAGGAGGGCAGCCUGGGGGCAGUGUCCAGGCACAAAGUCAGCGAGGAAACCAAGGGGGAAUUCUACAGGAGGAUGCCGUACAACUUCCUGCAGAGGGCGUACUUUAAGUUAAACCAGAUGGAUAAGGCUGCAGAGGCUGCCCAUACAUUCUUCAUGGCAAAUCCAGAGCACAUGGAAGUUCAGGAAAAUCUGAAGAACUACCAGAUCAAGUCAGACACCCAUCUGGUUGAUAGAGAGAGAAGACCUCACAUGGAUGAUUACCAUUCCGGGGUGAAGCUUUAUGAUGCAGAGCAAUACAAGCUGGCCAUUGAAAAGUUUGAGCGGGCCUUGAAAGGCUAUUAUCGAGCUGACAAUGAAUGCAGAGCAUUGUGCUGGGGCCCACAGAAGUUUGAGGAAUAUGAAUAUAUUGACUACAAAGCCACUCUCUAUGAAGCCAUUGCAGAUCAUUACAUUCAGAUCCUAGCAUGCGAGCAUGAGUGCGUGAGGGAGCUCGCUACACGACCAGGGCGCUUAUCCCCUAUUGAGAACUUCCUUCCACUGCAUUAUGACUUUCUACAAUUUAGCUAUUACAGAGAGGGCGAUACUCUAAAGGCGUUGGAGUGUGCAAAGUCAUAUCUUCUCUUCCACCCUGGAGAUGCUGAUGUAUUAGAAAAUGUGAGCUUUUAUGAAAGUCAGCUACCAGAAUACCUGGAUCCGGAUGAUAUUCAGCCACGGGAAGAUGCUGUUCAGUUUGUCAGACGCCACAGGCUGGAGUCGGUAAUUGUACAAUCUGCUGCUGAAGGUUUGGGUUUCACAUAUAAUGAACCGGACUUCUGGGUAACUGGUGGAGAACGACAGGAUGAAUAUAGGCUGCCAUUAGGCACUUCUACUGAGCUGUCUGAUGUCACAGGAAUGUUAUCAGGAAAGAAGAUGGUACAAAAGGUUGACAGACAGUUAAGGGAAGGGGGUUCUCUGAUAUACGAUGAAGUAAAACUCAUGCAUAGCUCUGAUUUUCUCAAUGGCACUCAGAGAGUCCAGUUGGAUAAUGUUAUAUCAGAGCAGGAAUGUCAUGAUCUGCAAACAGUUGCCAAUAUGAUAACUUUGGCUGGUGAUGGAUACAGAGGGAAAACAUCACCCCAUACCCCAAAUGAGAAAUUUGAAGGUGCUACUGUUCUGAAGGCACUAAAGUUUGGUUAUGAAGGUCGCAUACCCAUGAACAGUGCUCGCUUAUUUUACGACGUAAGUGAAAAGGCCCGCAGGAUUGUGCAGUCUUACUUCAUGCUGAACACUACCCUUUAUUUCUCCUAUACACACCUUGUAUGCAGGACUGCCCUUCAGGGGCAGCAGGAUAACAGAAAUGACCUAAGCCACCCUAUUCACGCUGAUAACUGCCUUUUGGACCCAGAGGCUAAUGAAUGUUGGAAGGAGUCUCCAGCCUAUACCUUCAGAGAUUACAGUGCCCUGCUGUAUCUUAAUGGGGAUUUUGAUGGUGGAGAAUUUGUGUUCACAGAAAUGGAUGCAAAAACCAUUACAGCAUCCAUAAAGCCCAAGUGUGGCCGUUUGGUUGGCUUCUCUUCAGGAGGAGAGAAUCCCCAUGGGGUGAAGGCUGUAACCAGAGGGCAAAGAUGUGCAGUAGCUCUCUGGUUUACUUUGGACCCUUUGUACAGAGAGUUGGAGCGGCUGCAGGCUGAUGAGGUGAUAAGGACACUGGACCAAAACAUUCAGAGUAGUGGGAUAGAUAUGAAUAUUAACCCCAGAGAUGAGCUGUAACAGGGAUAUUUAUCAAAGUAUUUAUUAAUUAUUAAUAAUCUUAUUAGAAUGUUUUUAUUUUUGUAUAAAGCAUAAUUUAAUUGACCUGAAAACAAUUUGCUGAAAAAGAUUAUGAAUUAUUCCCUUAAA